CGAUCGACAGUCGAAGAUUGCUGAUCGCGAAAAUGUGGCGUCUCGGUGUGUUAUCGAUAUUUAUCGCGACAUUACACGCACAAGAUGCUAUCAAGACGUCAGAGUUGUCGAGCGCUGUGGAGGAUCCCAGCACUAGAAUAAUAGGUGGAAACGCCACCACCAUAGAGAAAUACCCCUUCGCUGUGCAGAUCCUGUACAAUUCGCAGCUGUCCUGCGGCGGCGCUCUGAUCACACGCAGGCACGUGCUAUCGGCCGCACAUUGCUUCAUUGCCACAAACGGUCAGCAAGUCAGCCCCGUGUAUUUCAGUGUCAGAGUCGGCUCAACGGAUCUGAAUAAGGGUGGCACGAUACACUCGGUAUCUGAAGUCAUAGUCCAUCAGUCUUACAACACGCCAAUCCGGGAUAAUGACAUCGCUGUCAUGACGCUGUCAUCGCGUGUCACAUUGUCCAGCUCAGUGGGCACGGUGUCCAUACCCGUCCCUAACGUGCGCUUGGCGGACUACGCACUAGUCACUACUGUUGGGUGGGGCAGGACUAACGCUUCAAUAGCGCAAGCAUCCCCGGUGCUGAAUGAGGUACAAAUCUACAAGGUGAACCAAUCAGUGUGCGAGGUGCGCUAUGGGUACCUGGAAGAGAUAACUGGCGACCCCUACCCCAUCACUGACAACAUGCUCUGCGCCGGUCUCAUCGAUGUAGGAGGCAAGGAUGCGUGUCAGGGCGAUAGCGGCGGGCCGCUGAUACGUGGCAACGUGCUGGUGGGCGUCGUGUCUUGGGGUUUCGGGUGUGCGCAGCCGCUGUUCCCUGGAGUAUACACUCGGGUGUCGGCGUUUACUACGUGGGUUAAUAGCACGGUGUCCGGGGAGCCGCCGCAAGUUCGCAUCAACGCUGCGGCGUCCGUCAAACUCAACUUGAUAAUAGUCACAAUUGGACUCAUCUUCAUUAGAUAGCAGAGGGUAGUGUAUCGUCGGAGAAACUCUGCAGUCAUAUUGUCAUCCACAGCUGCGACAAACAGUUGCAUUCAUUUAAAUACCUAUUUUAUUAUAAACCAGUCACUUCGUUAGCGUGGACUACACAGAUUUCAACCCCCUAUUUUACCCCCCUAUUGAAUCAGUCAGUCAGUCACCUUUGUAACGGGUUGGCACCUGUCGCACAGCCCCCUUCAAUCUUUCCACUUCCUUCAUCUUCCUGCCAUUUUCCUUGCUCUUCGCUUACGAUCGCGAUUACGAUUGCAUCGCUUUCUAUUAGAACGAAGGCAAUCGGUCGCGGCGAUCGACAACAUGUUUCUACAUUCCCUCUCUUUCUCUCUCACUAGUAAACCCAUAAGUUAGA